AUGACCAAGAAGAGGAGAAAUAACGGUCGUGCGAAGAAGGGCCGUGGGCAUGUGCAGCCCAUCCGCUGCACUAACUGCGCCCGCUGUGUUCCCAAAGACAAGGCUAUCAAGAAAUUUGUCAUCAGGAACAUUGUGGAGGCGGCUGCCGUGAGAGACAUCUCGGAGGCCAGCGUCUUUGACUCUUAUGUUCUGCCCAAGCUCUACGUGAAGCUGCACUACUGUGUCAGCUGUGCCAUCCACAGCAAGGUGGUGAGGAACCGCUCCCGUGAGGCCAGGAAAGACCGUACUCCUCCACCCAGAUUCAGGCCAGCUGCUGGUGCUCCGAGAGCUCCUCCAAAGCCCAUGUAA